AUGCUGGGGUUGACGGAAGAAGACAUCACAGAAGAGGCCAUUCAUAUUGAGGAGGCGCGGCUGCGGAGUGCGACGCUGACGGUCACUCAGCUGCAGGAACAACUUGCGUCCCUGCAGGCGAAACUGAGACUCGCGGAGGAGGAGUGCACUCGUCUAGCCAACUCGCUGCGAUGGCGCCGGAUGAUGGCGGAGGUGGAGCAGGACGAUGAGCUUACUGGUAUCACGGCCGCGAUGACGACAGCCUUGAACAGGUUUUACGCCAGCCUGCAUCCUCCGGCCGACUAUGACGAGGUCAAAGAGGAGGUUCCCUACGUGGACACGGACGACUACGCCGACUUCUCACCUAUUGAGGCGCUUUUUGACGAUUGUCUGGCGGUUGUUUUGGAACUCCUGUCGGAGGAGGGCGAUAGUGCACCGGGUAGUCGGGAGGGGCGGCACCGCCGUGCGAUGUUGAUGUUGCUUGUCUUGACUGUGAACCUGGGGCGGCUAUUUGAGUCAGCGGAGAUGGCGGAAGCGCGCGAGGAGGCCGAAGAGCUGCGGGAAAACGUGACGUCCGUAUGGCAGCAUCUACUGUACUCGGACGGUGGGUUGACGCCGCUGGAGAAAGCGGAAUGGAAAGAGGUUGUGCAAACGUUUUUGGGGGCGCCGUAUGACAUACCGGCAUGCUAA